AUGACCACAGCUUUCUCCCCUGCUCACGCUCCGUGCCGUACACUCUUCGACACGAUCCUGUCAAAUAGCAGGGGCUCUUUCGGCACAAAUAGAGCAAUCUGUCUGCGAGGGGACAUUGUUCUGUCUUCAGUUGGAAAUAGGGGAAGUGUUGCGAGUGUUGUGAUCUGUCUUGGUCUAGCCUCGGGGGAAAAAGAGUUUUGGUUGUGCAGUAAGAGUAAUGGGAUAGCACUCGACACGAGCAGCGUGACCGUGAAGAAGCAGGUCUUCGAACUUCUCUCAGCGCUAUGUGUCUACAAUACCGAGGGUUACACCCGGGCGUUGGAUGCGCUCGAACACUACAAGGAAGGGAAAUGGUAG